AUGAAAAGUAUAAAUAAAGUGGUUGAUGAGCCGUUUAUACUCGCAUCUGAAGCAUCCCAAGUGUUCUACUCAACGGAUCUUUCACCUGAGGGAUGGUCUGUGGUGUUACAUUCAUCUCAGAAGUUAACAUCCGCAGUAGAUAAACUUGAAUCUCCGACAGUUUAUCAGUCAACUCUUAAUGAUAAUGAGAGUUUGGAAGAUCUUAUUUGUGUUAUUAUGGCAGCACCAGUGGAGGUCGACGAAAUUGGACUACCCAUUUCUGUCAACGCAACAAAACUCGGCCACAUAAAGGGUGCCUUAGUUCGUACCCAUGUGCCUAUUUCGUACGAAACCUGGAGGAAAGUUCCUGACAAGUACAAGGACGAUGUUUGGAAUGAACUUAAGAUGUCAUUUGAUUUACCUGAGACCUCCAAGACUAUUAUGGUGAACUGGAUCCCUGAUCCAUGGAGGAGAUUCAAGUGUGAAUUACGACAAGACCAUUAUGAUAUUUGGAAUACUCAUCAAGAAAGGAUUGAUAAUAAUCCUCCAAGCGUAAAGUCAGAGGAUUGGAUAAAAUUCUGUGAACAUGAGAACAAUGCUGCUGUCCAAAGUAAAAAAGCUGCUAAUAAUAAGAAAAGAGAACAAUAUGAUUACUCUCAUACCUCCGGUCGCAAGCCACAUUGUUUGAUGAAAGCUGAACUGUGA